AUGAAAAGCGGGCUCCAGGAAUCGUUGACAUCGAAGUAUAUCAAAAUUAUAUCUGCAGUCACCGCGUACUGGACCUGCUCAAUUGGCCUUGUCUUCCUGAAUAAGUAUCUGCUAACUGCAGGAUCAAUAAAAAUAAUUGUCUUCCUUGCAGUAAAUGUUACUUUCUCAAUCUUAUUUCAGUUAAAUGCACCACUUUUUGUUACUUGGUAUCAGUGUGUUGUAACAGUUGCUCUGUGUUAUGGUUGUUCAUAUGCUGCUAAUUUCUUUCCGUCAUGGUUCUCAUUCCCGACAAUCAAAUUUGAUUAUCGCAUAUCGCGAGAGGUUCUUCCUCUAUCGUUUGUAUUUGUUGCGAUGAUUGCCUUCAAUAACCUGUGUCUUAAAUAUGUUGACGUUUCUUUCUAUUAUAUAGGAAGGUCUCUUACUACAGUCUUCAAUGUUAUAUGUACCUACUUGAUAUUGGGUCAGACUACAUCGUCCAAGGCUAUUCUUUGCUGCGUAUCAAUCAUUGGUGGUUUUCUACUAGGUGUCAAUCAAGAAGAUGUAGCGGGCUCUCUUUCGGCUGUAGGAGUAUUUUAUGGUGUAAUGGCUUCUUUGUUUGUUGCACUUAAUGCGAUUUUUACUCAGCGUACUCUCCCUGCUGUUGGCGACAGUGUUGCUCGGUUAACUAUGUACAAUAAUGCUAAUGCUGCUUUCUUGUUUGUUCCCCUCAUGUUGUUUUCGGGUGAAUUUGGUCAGGUGUUCUAUUAUCCACAGUUGUUUGCAUUUAAGUUUUGGUUCCUCAUGAGCUUAUCUGGGGUCUUCGGUUUUAUGAUGGGAUAUGUAACUGGCUGGCAGAUACAAGUAACAUCUCCUCUAACUCAUAACAUUAGCGGCACAGCAAAAGCUGCAGCGCAAACUGUUAUUGCUGUGGUAUGGUGGCAUGAAGUAAAACCUUUCUUAUGGUGGAUUAGCAAUAUUGUAGUGCUUGUUGGCUCCGCUUGCUACACUGCCGUUAAACGGCAGGUAAUGAAUUCUUGA